CGGGAAAGCUUCGCCGCGCAGCCACAGUCCGGCAGUGCGAGUUGCCGGGUGGGCUCGGAGCUCGCCAGCGUUUGCAGUCGGCCGUCCUUCCCCGGUAACUGCGAGUCGGCUGGGCGGGCGCGGCGCGGAGCCUGUUCUUGUCGCGCUGGUACUCCGAGCACCAUGUCGUCCCCGGCGUCGACCCCGAGCCGCCGCGGCAGCAGGCGUGGACGGCCCGCCCCCGCGCAGACGCCUCGAGGUGAGGACGCCAGGUCGCCUCCACCUCCGAGACGCGGAGGCGAGGACCCCACCUCCACCGGAGAGUUGCAGCCGAUGCCCACCUCGCCCACAGCGGACGUGCAGAGCCCCGCGGCGCAAGACGCGCUGUUUUCCAGCCCCCCGCAGAUGCAUUCUUCAGCCGUUCCUCUUGAGUUUGAUGUUAGUUCACCGCUGACAUAUGGCACUCCCAGCUCUCGGGUAGAGGGAACCCCAAGGAGUGGUGUUAGGGGCACCCCGGUGAGGCAGAGGCCUGACCUGGGCUCUGCACGGAAGGGUUUGCAGGUGGAUCUGCAGUCUGAUGGGGCAGCAGCAGAAGACUUAGUGGCAAGUGAGCAGUCUCUAGGCCAAAAGCUUGUCAUCUGGGGAACAGAUGUAAAUGUGGCAACAUGCAAAGAAAAUUUUCAGAGAUUUCUUCAGCGCUUUAUUGACCCUCUGGCUAAAGAAGAAGAAAAUGUUGGCAUAGAUAUUGACCCUCUGUACAUGCAACGACUUGGGGAGAUUAAUGUUAUUGGGGAGCCAUUUUUAAAUGUAAAUUGCGAACAUAUAAAAUCAUUUGACAAAAAUUUGUACAGACAGCUCAUCUCCUACCCACAGGAAGUAAUACCAACUUUUGACAUGGCUGUCAAUGAGAUCUUCUUUGACCGUUAUCCUGACUCAAUCUUAGAACAUCAGAUUCAAGUAAGACCAUUCAAUGCAUUGAAGACUAGGAAUAUGAGAAACCUGAAUCCAGAAGACAUCGACCAGCUCAUCACCAUCAGUGGCAUGGUGAUCAGGACAUCCCAGCUGAUCCCUGAGAUGCAGGAGGCCUUCUUCCAGUGCCAAGUGUGCGCCCACACGGCCAGGGUGGAGAUAGACCGUGGCCGCAUCGCCGAGCCUUCUGCCUGCUUGCACUGCCACACCGCCCACAGCAUGGCCCUCAUCCACAACCGCUCACUCUUCUCUGACAAGCAGAUGAUCAAGCUUCAAGAGUCUCCUGAAGAUAUGCCUGCAGGGCAGACACCUCACACUGUCAUCCUUUUUGCUCACAAUGAUCUUGUUGAUAAAGUUCAGCCUGGGGACAGAGUGAAUGUUACAGGCAUCUACCGCGCGGUGCCUAUCCGGGUCAAUCCAAGAGUGAGCAAUGUGAAAUCUGUCUACAAAACCCACAUUGAUGUCAUUCACUAUCAGAAAACGGAUGCAAAGCGUCUGCAUGGCCUCAGUGAAGAAGCAGAACAGAAACUUUUUUCAGAGAAACGUGUGGAGUUACUUAAGGAACUUUCCAGGAAACCAGAUAUUUAUGAGAGGCUUGCUUCAGCCUUGGCUCCAAGCAUUUAUGAACAUGAGGAUAUAAAGAAGGGAAUCUUGCUUCAGCUCUUUGGUGGAACAAGGAAGGAUUUUAGUCACACGGGGAGGGGCAAGUUUCGUGCUGAGAUCAACAUCCUGCUGUGUGGAGACCCUGGCACCAGCAAGUCCCAGCUGCUGCAGUAUGUGUACAACCUGGUGCCUAGGGGCCAGUACACAUCUGGGAAGGGCUCCAGUGCAGUCGGUCUCACUGCAUAUGUGAUGAAAGACCCUGAGACGAGGCAGCUGGUGCUACAGACGGGGGCCCUGGUCCUGAGUGACAACGGCAUCUGCUGCAUCGACGAGUUUGACAAGAUGAACGAAAGUACAAGAUCUGUGUUGCACGAGGUCAUGGAACAGCAGACGCUGUCCAUUGCUAAAGCGGGGAUCAUCUGUCAGCUCAACGCACGCACUUCUGUCCUAGCAGCAGCAAAUCCCAUUGAGUCUCAAUGGAAUCCUAAAAAAACCACCAUUGAAAACAUCCAGCUCCCUCAUACGUUAUUAUCAAGGUUUGAUUUGAUCUUCCUCAUGUUGGACCCUCAAGAUGAAGCCUAUGACAGGCGUCUGGCCCACCACCUGGUGGCACUGUACUACCAGAGCGAGGAGCAGGUGGAGGAGGAGUUCCUGGACAUGGCAGUGCUAAAGGACUACAUCGCCUAUGCACACAGCGCCAUCACGCCUUGGUUGAGCGAGGAGGCUGGCCAAGCUCUCAUCGAGGCUUAUGUAGAUAUGAGGAAGAUCGGCAGUAGCCGAGGAAUGGUUUCUGCAUACCCUCGACAGCUGGAAUCGUUAAUUCGCUUAGCAGAAGCCCAUGCUAAAGUACGAUUUUCAAACAAAGUUGAAGCAAUUGAUGUGGAAGAGGCCAGACGCCUCCAUCGUGAGGCUCUGAAGCAGUCUGCAACUGACCCCCGCACUGGCAUUGUGGACAUAUCUAUUCUUACUACAGGAAUGAGUGCCACCUCUCGUAAACGGAAAGAAGAAUUAGCUGAAGCACUGAAAAAACUUAUUUUAUCUAAGGGCAAAACACCAGCUCUAAAAUACCAGCAACUUUUUGAAGACAUUCGGAGACAAUCUGACAUAGCAAUUACCAAAGAUAUGUUUGAAGAAGCUCUGCGUGCCUUGGCUGAUGACGACUUCUUGACAGUGACUGGGAAAACUGUUCGCUUGCUCUAAUGCUGUAGUGAGCAGUGCUGUGCAUGACCUGUGGGCCAGUGAGCUCGGCAUAAAUGGAUUCUGAAAGUUAUUAUUUGGCUACAUAAAAAUGUUCUAACCUGGGUUCAAUUCUCUCAGUGAAGUGGAUGUUUCCAUUUUUUAAAAAACAUUUAAAAUAAAAAUACUAUUCCAAUUUAUAAACAUACAGUAGAGAUCAUUUCCUUAAUUAAAGUGCUGUUUCUGAGCAGCAGCACUUUUAAUCUGUAUGUACAUACAGAUAGCAGCAUGUCAGUCUUUUUUGAAGAUGGCAGUUUAGGCCAUGAUUUUUGUGCUAGUCUUUCCAACGGCAUUUGUGCAUAUGCUUGGGGAUAUUGUAGUACGAGAUAACAGACAUGGCCGGGGCAUAUCAGUGUGAAGUGAUGCAGAUGAGAUCCUUUUAUAGCACUCAAGUGUAAUUCUUUUUAGAGGCUGUUCUCAUGGCUCCUAUUAGAUCAGGAUU